AUGCGCGAAAUUAAGCGCGACGAAUCGCUCGACAGUCUCUCCACCCGCGUUCAAGUCCGUUUCAUGGAGUCGAUGACCGAAGAAGAUGAAGUUCUGGUUCGAUCGGUGCACCCAGCCCUCCAAGCUCGCGAAACGGUCUAUGUCCAUGAACAUGACGGCCGACUGGUCUGGGUGGUGCCGACCAGCAACGCUUACGACGUCCUUGAUACACACGCAGCCGGUCGAGAAAUCCUUCGUUCGCCACUCUUCGAAAUGCAGCCUAGGCAGACAGGGGCGCCAAUCCGCGAGGAUCCAUUUCCCCAGCCCAUCAACUGCCGUAGUGUCCUCGCCCCAGAGGUCGUCUAUCGGAUUCUGGCGUUCUUCCCGGGUUCUGUGGGCAUGUGGAAAUUGCCCGAGGGCUGUGUUCUACUGCAAGGGAGAAGGCACUGGAAAGAGCUAGCUGUCUAUGCAGCAAGUAUGGAGGGUGCAACCUGGAUUAAGCAUUAG